AUCGGACUCUUUAAGAUGUUGCACACUGCUCCUGUUGGAAACAUGUCGGCUAUGUACUUGUUCAGUCGUGGUGUCCUAACAUCUGGAAUACACCGCCAGCUCGUCUGUGGAAGUGUUUCACUGUUUCAGAUUAGAGGGAAGAAACGAUGGAUGAGAGCGUACACGUACAUCAUGGCCAAGAAGCUAAAGCUGGAAGGACCUCCUCCACCGAAGCCACGGUCACAGCAUCCUAACUGGGAUUACCACGCUGAAGUUCAAGCUUUCAGCACUCGCCUCAAUGAAAACUUCUCCCUGGAGCUACUUAAAACAGCCUUCGUUAAUCCCUGUUACCUGCAGGCAGAGCAGGACAGGAGAAAGGGAUUAGGUGUGGAUUCAGAAGCUACAGCUCUGGUUCUCAAGGAUAACAACCAGCUGAGUAAAUCUGGAGAGGGUUUUACUAAGAGCUUCAUUAGCGACUGGUGCAGAGCAAAUUUCCCUAGUCUGCCAGAUGAAGGUGUGGAGAGUGUUGUGGGACAUCUUGCCAGCCCAGAGGUUGUGACAUAUGUUGCAAGAAAUCUUGGCCUUGAGGACCUUACCAUGAGCGCAGAGUUCCCUGUUCCAGAUGAUGUGCUCUAUUCUACAUUCAUGGCGGUGAUUGGAGCUCUGCAGGAGAGCAGUGGAGCAGAACGAGCUAGAUUUUUUCUCAGAGACUUCCUGUUGACUCAGCUGAUAGGGAAGGACCUGUUUGACAUGUGGACUGUGGUCAACCCUAUGGGCCUGCUGGUGGAGGAGCUGACAAAGAGGAAUGUUCCUCUUCCAGAGCCUCGUCUCAUCAGGGCUGCUGGUGCCAGCACUGUCCUACCACUCUACUUUGUUGGGCUUUACAGUGACCAGAAGCUCCUGGCUAAUGGUCCAGGAGAGACACUGGCUGGAGCUGAGGAAGAAGCAGCACGCGUUGCCCUUCGAAAACUUUACGGCUACACUGAGAACCGCAGACCCAUCGACUUUUCUCCACAACAGCAGCACGAGCAAUGCAAACUUCAGUCUGCCAGCAGUACUUAGUAAAGUAAUAAUUAUACUCCAGCAAAAAAUAAAGGGGAUAUAGGUAGGCAGAAAUGUAUUGUGCUUGUCAGUGUUGAUGCUGAUGAGUUUUAAAAUGAGAGCUGCAAUAAUGCUGUAAGAUCAUGCUUUCUACUGUAUUAAACAGACGGCCCAUGUUUGAGCUAUUAUUAGUAUAAAAUCGACUAGUUUCACUGUCGUACCUGCAUAAAACCAGCUGAUUCAUUUUUACCAUCUACCCCUGCCAUCUCACCAUCUAUUUGUAAAUAAUACAUCUGGUGUUUAGCAAAAUUUGUAUUAUGUUGUGUAAUUUGUAUGUAAUAAAUUUUAUUUACAAAUUUGUGAAAA